AUAAAAGUUUAAUGUUGGUUUUGGUUUCAAAGGGAAGUGGGAGGGCAUUUUGUGCUGGUGGCGAUAUCGUGGCUCUUUACAAUCUACUUAAGGAAGGAAAAGUGGAAGACUGCAAGGAUUUUUUCAAGCAUUUGUAUACAUUUAUUUACAUAUUAGGCACCUAUCUGAAACCACAUGUGGCUAUUUUGGAUGGUAUAACUAUGGGAGGUGGUGGAGGUGUGUCAAUUCCUGGAACAUUUCGUAUUGCGACAGAUAAAACAAUAUUUGCUACCCCAGAAGUUCAUAUUGGUUUUCAUCCUGAUGCUGGUGCUUCUUUUUACCUCUCGCAUCUGCCAGGACAUCUGGGAGAAUAUUUGGCUUUAACGGGUGAAAAGCUUAAUGGAGUUGACAUGCUUGCUGUUGGCCUUGCUACCCAUUUUGCCAUGAGUGCUAAGCUUAGUUGGGUUGACGAACGACUUGCGAAGUUGGUGACGGACGACCCUUCAGUGAUUGAUUCUUCUCUAGCACAGUAUGGUGACAUAGUCUAUCCUGAUAAGAAGAGCAUAGUUCAUAGGAUUGAAGCAAUCGAUGAUUGUUUUCGGCGUGAAACGGUUGAGGAAAUUGUUGAUGCUUUGGUGAGCUCUUAC